AUGUUAAUUGGGAUAUGCGGGAUGGGAGGCAUUGGAAAGACCACAUUGGCCAAACAAGUUCUCCAAAAGGUACAAGACUUCCAUAAGCCUUUAUUUGACGUUCAAGUUAUUUCGACUGUCUCAAAUAGUCCCAAUUUCAAUACUAUCCAACAAGAAGUCGCGGAGAUAUUAGGGUCUUCGCUUAAAGAAAUAGGGAAUGGGAUUUUAAGAGCAGAACAAUUACGAAAAGCUUUUAGUAACAAAAAGGUUGUUGUCUUGUUGGAUGAUGUUUGGAAAGAGUUUGAUUUAAAUGCUUUUGGUUUUCCAUUAACAAAAUCAAAUGUUGAUGGGUGUUUCUGUAAAAUAAUUUACACAUCUAGAAACAAAGAUUCAUUAUGGUCAGCAAGACAAAUUGUGAAAGAAUGUGCAGGACUACCCCUAGUGCUUGAGUUUGUAGGAGGCGCUCUCGUAAAUAAGAGAACAUCCGUGUGGAACGAUAUGCUUUAUAGGGUGCAGAGUCAACAACUACACCAUGACAAGAUAGACAAGGUCGUGCAGACGAGUUAUGACUUCUUAGAAGAUCCCAAUGCCCGAAGCUUGUUCUUGUUUUGCUGCUUAUUCCAAGAAGACGAAGAUAUUCCCAUCGAGACGUUGUAUCGUUAUGUAGUGGGUUUGCAACUCUUCAAAGGUAUGAAUCUACACCGUAUAAGUGAUCGUGUAGAGACCUUAUUAAACGACCUAACAAAGAGAAAUUUGCUAAUAAAUGUUAAAGAAUAUGUAGUGAAGAUGCAUGAUGUGGUGAGAAAUGUGGGAAUUUCAAUUGCAAAACAAGAAUAUAACGGGAUUAAUUAUCUUGAGUGUGAUGGUAUGGACGAACGAGAAAAUAUAGAUACUCCACAUACUAAGAUGAUUUCAAUAUUGUUCAGGAAGAAUAAUUUAGAUGUCCCUAAUACUCUGGAAUUUCGAGGCUCAAAAUUGGAACUACUACGUUUGGAUAGUUCGAAUCAUUACCUACCAAAUAUUAAAAUAUCAUGGAAUUUACUUAAAGUGACGGAUAAUCUCAAAGUUAUAAAUAUAGUUUUCCAUCUAGGCAAGAUUAGUGAGUUUACAUCGAAGUUGAAGAUGUUAUCCCUAGAGAGAUUGAGUUUGGAUAUGAGUGUAUCUUCUAUUGGACAUAUUAAGUGUUUGGAGAUCCUUAGCCUUCGAGAUUCAACCAUUAAAGAUUUGUCAAACGAAAUAAGGAAUAAUAGGAGUAUCUACGGGGUAGAAGAGCAGUGGGAAAAAUCAAUUGAAUUCCUUAAUUUGAAGGAAUUGGAUCUCGAAUACUUAGACAAAUUAACGAGUAUUGUCGUGAACAUCAACAAUUUGGACGAUGAAGAGGAAAAGGCGCAGCAAAGAACACUAUUUGGUGAUGAUGAGCCAGGACUAGGAGUGCUUUUAUUUCAAAACUUGACAGACCUGAGAGUUGAAGGAUGUGGGAAAUUGAGAUAUUUGUUUUCGGAGAAUAUAGGAAGAGUCGUUGGCAAGCACCUUCGGUGGCUAUUUAUCUAUAAGUGUGGAAUGAUGGAAGUGGUGAUGAAGAAUAUUGAGGAGGAGGAAUUAAUAAUAGAUGAUGAUGAUGAUGAUAAAGCUGGAGUAGGAGGAGGAAGUAAUAAUCAUUUCUUUCCACUCCUCAGGAAAUUGGCACUUUUGGGUCUAUCAGGUUUGAGGAGCUUUUGUGAUGUUGCUUAUACUUGGGAGUUGUCAUCACUAAAUAAUCUGUUGGUGUCAAGAUGUCCCAAGCUAGAGGCACUCUCUCCAGGCUGUUUGGAUUCUCCAAUGCUGGGCACUCUCUUUUUAUGGAAUUGA